GGCUCUGUGCACAGAGCCUGCUUGGGAUUCUGUCUCCCUCUCUGUCUGCCUCUCCUCUGCUCGCUCUCUCUCUCUCUCUCUCUCUCUCUCUCAAAAUACAUACAUAUGUAACAUUGGAAGGGAUUCUAAAGGUUAUAAAACCCCAAAUACAUUAAAUAAUACAUAAAUAAAUAAAACCCCAAAUACCUUUAGAUCUGAAGGAGAAUGUGGGCUCUGAGAAAGCAAAAUCAGGUAUGACAGCUGCUUCCCAGAACGGACAAGACCACUCCGGGAUUGUGACGGAGUGAGACAAGUCCCCUGUGUAAUCAUGUUCGGCAUGCAGACACAAAUGCAACGCCACAGGCAAACCACAAGAACGACCACACGUCCCCGUCUCAGCUAACCGCUUCUUUACCCAUUACAAUUUCAGCCCACUCUGUUCCUCCAUGUCCUAAUAAACAUCAGAAUAUUCAGUCCUGCCACCAGUCCCCCGAUUUCCAGCGGCAUUCAUCCAGAGCAACCCUUCCCUCUUUGACCCUCUCCCAAACCCCCACCACAAACUGAAAUCCUAUAAAUCCCUCCCACCCCUCUCACUGAGACACCGCAGCUCCCAGCCUCCCCACAGUAUGUGAGAUCUGUGCUGCGGUGACAGGUACCAUCAAAUUUAACUGGGUUUGGCCACAGGUCCGCCUUGGCUGCUGGGCUCCAGCGUGGCCACGGACAGGGCAGAGCCCCUAUCGGUCUCCCAGCCCUCCUACCCAUCCAUCCCAAACUUGGCUGCAGACUUUCACUUAAGUUCCCUAGAUACAGCAACCUCUCUUAGCAAGUGAAGCCAAAAGGAACUUCCUGCAGAUUUCUAAGAACAUAAACUGCAACAGAAAGCAUUCCUUGUUAUGUAUUGAUAGUUUUUCGGUAAUCAAGUAUUCACAGAAGGGAACAGUCACUCCAUUGUAUGAUUCUCAAGCACAUUCCCUCCUCCUUCCCACGUCUUAACUCAAAUCUCAAUUGCUUUAGUUCUAUUUAUUUUCCAAAGAAAUUCCUACAAGAGCUUGGAGAAUUCUGGGGUUCUCCCACAUGGUUCCAUCAAUAAGGCUUUGCAUCUCUUAUAAAACCAUAAAACCUCCGCGUUACUGCAGAACGCAAAGAGCGUAAUGGUACGCACAUCAGCGGAUCUUCAUUUCUCUGGGACUCUCUGCUUCUAACUGUGUUGGCCCUUCCAUAAGAUUACGGCUACAUAACCGUGGAGUUGGGAAGAGUGAAGAAAAGUGACCUGUCUGUAGUGGUGAUGUAAAAGAACUGUAUCAGGGUUCUCCGGAGAAGCAGACCCAACAGGGUAGAUACAGACAUCUAGAAAAAGAUGUGUGACGAGGGACCAGUUCAUGUGGCUGUGGAGGCAGAGAAGCCCCAGGCUCUGCCCCCCACAAGCUGGAGCCCCUGGAAAAGUGCCCCAAACCCCCAGGUCUGAGAACCAGGGAGCCAGCGUCUGAGGGAAGGGGCAGCUGGACAUCCCAGCUCAAGCAGAGAGCAAACACGCUUCCUCCGUCUUUGUUCUGCUCAGCCCUCGAUGGAUUGGACGAUGCCCGUCCACGUUGUUGAGGGAAACCUGCUUUACUCUGACUCCCAGGUCAUGAUCCCGGGGUCAUGGGCUCAAGCCUCUCGUCGGGCCGUGUGCUGAGCAUGGGGCCUGCUUGAGAUUCCCUCCCUGCCCCUCUCGCCCGCUCACUUGCUCCUCUAAGAAAUGAAAAAUAAACUAGUUUUAGAAAGAGAAGCAGGACACCUGGCUGGCUCAGUGGGGAGAGCAUGCGGCUCUUAGUCCCGGGGCUGGGAGUUUGAGUUCCAUGCUGGAUGUAGAGCUUACUUAAGACAAUAAAUAAAUAGACUUAAAAGAGAGACCGAAGGGGCAAGUGGUUGCCUCAGUCAAGUGCUGGCGAAGGUCACUUAGAACGAGGAUGAGAGUAAUCCCUGGCUCUGACUAGUCUAGGACACUGGGAAAUCUGAACAGUGGUGGGAAGGGGCCGAAGAGAUGAGUCCUGACCCUUGGCCAUGAGAUUCACUCCAUAGGGAGCGGGUCACAUGCCUCGGCCCAAACGAUCUUCGCAUCUCAGAGGGAAAAGCCUGUUUCGGGUCUCCAGUGGCCCUGGGCAUGGCAGGACCUUCCCCAUAGCAGCCCCGCAUGGUUCAGGCAUCUCACAAACAACUCGAGCCUGGAGAGACAGGGGCGCCUAGCGUCUCUGUUCCCGGAGUGAGCCUCGACUCAGACAUCCUGCUUGGGGUGACCCAAGGUGUUCCUUUAUGUAGAAGUGACUCAGAUGUUACCCCGUCAAAACUGGGGCUGCCACAUACCUUGAGUUCUAGAUACCAUUGCUUUCUAUCUCCCUGGCCCCUUGUUCCGUGUAGCUCCCUUGGGUGCAGGAAAAAGCUCUUCUUUUUUUCUUUCCCCCCCAAAAUUCCCUGUGAGAUUUUUUUGACAACGUAAAGCAGGGGUCAGGAGUCUAGUCAUAGCGUGUCGAGGAGAGGAAACCCAUUAUAGAUGACAUUUUUCAGAAGUUAAACACAAAGGGGAGUUGAGAAUGAGACAGGAGCAUUUCAAACGAGGAAGGCCAACGGCCAGUUAGUUUGAUUUCACCUGCAAAUUCUAUUUUGGCUUUUGUGCUGAUGAGAAGUCAGAGAGUAAGAACUUGAAGGGGAGCUCAGUUUAGGAGAGGAAGGUAGACUUGGAAACAAAAGACAAAACUAAACACAUGUGCCUGUCAAAGUAGGACUCAGGUCAGCUGUGUGCCAGCAGAGAGGACCAGGAAGUUUUCUGUGUCACAGGAUAAACCAGGCCCAUGUCCUGGAGACUCGGUUUUGCUUGGAGGGGGCCUGGGUUAUCCAGAGUCAUAUUUAAAGAAAUGUCGUAUAUAAUGAAGUAAAAUGAUGUGGUUUACCCCAAACUUAUGGGUAAGACCCAAGACUUUAAGAGUAUUUCUCACUUGAGUUGGGCAGCGCUGGGAGCUCCUUCCUGAAGCCCCUCUGGUUAGGGUGCUCGGCUGGGACCACAGUGAGGUCCGGCCCAGGGAACGAAGGAGCAGCUCUAGAAGAGAGGGUGCACCUGCUUGCUUCUGGAAGAAGUUGCCCUUAAAUGAGCUUCUGAGGGAGGAGCAGGACUUUGUCCUGCAGAUGCUGUAGGAAGAGGGGAGACAGCACCGGAACCUGGAGGCCUGGAAAGGUGCUGUGGGCUGAGGUUACCCCAUCUUCCAAAUUCUUCGAGAGGUGGAUAGGCCAUCGGACGGGAGGGAGAAGAGGCCGAGAGGAAGGAAUCAGGGAGACAACUAGAUCCUACAUUUUCUUGACCAGAUUAAGUGUCUGAAUUUGGUGGUGGGGCCACUAAGGAGACAUGUAGGGGUUUUGAAGCAAGAAGUGACAUGAUCAGAUUUCCAUUUGGUAAAAGCCAUUCUAGCAGUCUUGUAAGUCAACCAGAGCAAUUAUUUUUUAUCGGUCAUUUUUUUCUUUUUUAACGUUUAUUUUUGAGAGAGAGAGAGCGCGCGGGGGGGAGGGAGGGGCAGAGAGACGGGGAACAAAGGAUUGGAAGCUUUCUAGGCGCUGACAGCUUCAAGCCUGAUGCGGGUCUGUGGGUCGGGUCAGGCUCGUGAACCCUGAGAUCAUGACCUCAGCCAAAGUCAGAGGCUCAACCCACCAGCCACCACCUGGGCACCCAGGUGCCCCUCUUUUUUUGGUUUUAAUCAUAACCUGAAAUAAAGGCAAAGUACAAACUGGGGUGGUGAAGGAUAUGAGCCACAAAUAUAAUACAGGGUUGACAGCUUUAAUUUAUAAAAAAUUCAUACAGAAGAAUAGGAAACAGCAUCAGAAUGUCUGGGGGGGGGGGGCAAUUUGCCUGGAAAAAUCUCUUCCAGAGUAUAUUAAAUAGUUAAUAUGAAAAGUGAUCAGCCUCGCUGUCCUAUAAAUGCCUAGUAAAAUAAUAAUUUGAUCCAUUUCACCUAUCCCAUUAGUGAUGACUAGGGAAUAAUUGUUCUCAGUGUUGGCAGAAAUUAGGUGAGAGGCUCAUUUCCAUUAACAGUGUGAUAGGUUUAACUUUGGCAAUAUGCUCAUAAUUCAACUCCUAGACCCGAUGACUAUCUUUCUGGGAAUUUAUCAGAAAGUUUGUCAGGAAGUAUCAAAGAUGUGGACAAAGUAUUUAUGUAUUUAUAAAGUGCACUGGUUACAGUAGAUUAAAAAAAAAAAAACACUAAGAUGUCCCACAAUCUUGGGUAUUACAGGAACCUACAAUAUGAUAUUAUGUAAGUAUAAAUAAUGUUUCUGAUUAUGCAAAAGCUUCUUCAAUUCUGCCAGAAUGUGAACAGAGGCUGUCAUUGGUUGGUGACAUUAUGAGUGAUUUCUGCUUUGUAAAAGUGUUUUCCAGAGGUGCCUGCCUGGCUCAGUCAGUGGAGCAGGAGAGCCUUGAUCUUGGGGUUGUAAGUUUGAGUCCCACACUGGGUGUAGAGAUUACUUAAAAAUAAAAUCUUUAAAAAAAAUAACUAAAAAAAUGUUUUCCCAUGUUUUUAAUUUUUUUUUUAUGACAAUAAGAGGUUUAACCCCAAAAUAAGGAAUUGCAGGCCGAAUUGCUUGCAGGGAGGCAACUUUGAGGCAGUGAAAACUGAAUCACACACUUGCAUUCCCAGUCUACCCUUGAACUUUCAACCCACAUAAACAACAGAGUAACAACUUCCCCUCUUCUCAAUCCUUACCAUCACUUGACAGGCUUAAUCUCAUUUAAUGCUCCCAGUGCCUCCCCAACUUCAGGAUAAAAGAAGUGAGGCUUGAGGGGGAAAAUUCACCAGCCCAACGCCUUCCAUUUCAUUUUAGCGUUGUCUUGACCCUCCCUUUUUGCCCUAUCCCCUUUUAUUUAGUCCAGCCCAUCCUUCUGUAUCCUGGUCUUUGAGCUGAAGACUGCAAAGACACGGAUCCUUCCUCUCUCCGGAAAACUUCCCCUCCCCACCCCACCCCCCAGGGCCAAGGCCUGGGAGCUGGGGGCAGGCUUUCCUGAGAUCACUUCCCGCUUCCUUCUUCCCCGCCUUUAACUUUGCCUCCUGGGGCCACAGCCAGCUUGGUCACUUGCUAACCAGGCUCCUGGGUGCCUCUUCCUCCAAGAUCAGAGGCGCAAGUUCUGACGCCCGCAGGACACCCGGUGACCUGCUGCCCCAGGAAGGUUGGACAUGGCAGUUUUUCCAAACUCCUGCCUCCCCGCGUGCCUGCUCGUCCUCACUUUCUUCCAGCUGUCCAGGCCCGAUUCGGGUAGGUCCCCCCGGGCUCCGUCUCUGGCCCCCUGGGGUUCCCCCCCCCCCCCGCCCCAACCUCGGCCGGGGUCCGGGUGGAGCAGACGGCCCUCCGUCCGUGUGAGUCCUCAGCUCCCCCCCGCACGCCCGGUUUGCGCAGCCCCCUUCGACGUGAUCGGCCCCGCGGAGCCCGUCCUGGCCGCGCUGGGGGACGACGCCGAGCUGCCCUGCCGCCUGUCCCCGAGCGUGAGCGCCGAGCGCAUGGAGCUGCGGUGGUUCCGCGGGAAGGUGGCGGCCGCGGUGCUGGUGCGCCGGGACGGCCGCGAGCGGGAGGCCGAGCAGACGGCCGAGUACCGCGGCAGGGCCACGCUGCUGGACGGCGACAUCGCGGCCGGGCGCGUCGCCGUGCGCAUACACCGGGUCCGGGCCUCGGACGACGGCGAGUACCGGUGCCUCUUCCGGCAGGACGGACGCUACGGGGAGGCCAGCGUGCACCUGAAGGUGGCCGCUCUGGGCUCUGAUCCUCAAAUCCAUAUGGAAGUUCAAGAAAGCGGAGAGAUCCGGCUGGAGUGUACCUCCGUAGGGUGGUACCCAGAGCCCCAGGUGCAGUGGAGAACUUCCGAGGGAGAGUGGUUUCCAUCCACAUCAGAGUCUAGGAAUCCUGAUGAAGAAGGCCUGUUCACUGUGGCGGCUUCCGUGAUCAUCAGGGACACCUCCAUGAAGAAUAUAUCCUGCCAUUUCCAGAACCUCCUUCUGGGCCAGGAGAAGGAAGUAGAGAUCUCCAUACCAGCUCCCUUCUUCCCACGGCUGACUCCCUGGAUGGUGGCAGUGGCUGUCAUCUUGAUGGUCCUGGGACUUCUUACAAUUGGGUCCGUAUUUGGCACUUGGAGACUAUACAGGGAAAGAGCCCGACAGAGAAAGGAUGAAUUCAGCUCUAAAGAGAAACUCCUGGAAGAGCUCAAACAGAAAAAGGCCACCCUGCAUGCUGUUGACGUGACUCUGGAUCCAGACACCGCCCAUCCCCACCUCUUUUUGUACGAGGAUUCAAAAUCUGUCCGGCUGGAAGAUUCACGCCAGAAACUGCCCGAGAAACCAGAGAGAUUUGACUCCUGGCCUUGUGUGCUGGGUCGUGAGGCCUUCACGUCAGGGCGACAUUUCUGGGAGGUGGCGGUGGGAGACAGGGCCGACUGGGCGGUCGGGGUGUGUAGGGAGAAUGUGGUGAAGAAAGGGUUUGACCCCAUGACUCCUCAGAAUGGGUUCUGGGCUGUGGAGUUGUAUGGGAAAGAGUACUGGGCCCUCACCCCACAGCGGACCCCUCUCCCAUUGGCAGGGCCCCCCCGCCGGCUUGGGAUUUUCCUGGACUAUGAAUCAGGAGACGUCUCCUUCUACAAUAUGGCCAACGGGGCCCAUAUCUAUACUUUCUCCAAUGCUUCCUUCUCUGGUCCCCUUCGGCCUUUCUUCUGCCUGUGGUCUUGUGGUCAAAAGCCCUUGACCAUCUGCCCACCCACUGAUGGGCCUGAGAGAGUCACGGUAGUUGUCGAUGCCAAGGACUUUGCUAAGGAGAUCCCGCUGUCCCCUAUGGGGGAGGACUCUGCCCCUGGGGAUCCGGAUACCCUCCACUCUAAGCUAAUCCCUACCCAGCCCAGCCAAGGGGCACCUUAAGAAAUCUCCCAGCUAAGCCGUUUUCCUUUAUGCUAAGCCCUCCCCUCAGUCCUCUCUGAGCCGCCAGCCCCAGACCUCACCCAGCCCCUGUUUCUUCCUGUUGGGUAGGGAUCAGUUGGUCUUGGGAAGGUUAUGUCGCUGCUGUUAGAGAGCGUGGGGUGUAGGGCCUUCCUAAUCUGUUUCUGCUCUGGUACUCGGGGCAGGCGCGUGACUCUGAAGCUGUUUCUAGUGUCCUCCUACCCCUCCCCCCAGGCCACAUCCUGUAGGGAGGGACAGCUCGGCUAUCGAGAUGGGGUUAGGUUGGCAUGUGGUUAUGACAGAAACAUCUCAGUGUCCAGAAGAGGGAUGAGUAGAGGAACAGGUUUUAUACAAGCGGGAAACCCAAAAGGUUCUGGGAGGGGAAAAUUCGAGGCUGAAGUCCCAUAACGGAACCUGGGGGGACAUCGCAGUGGAGGAAAGGGAGGGGAACCUAGGCCAAUGACGAAUACCUGGCCUGCUCCUAGAGUUUUAGGGCCUGUCUCUCAGAUUUUCUAAGACAUGUCCUACAGAGUAAAGGGAACUGGCCCUACGCCUGUGGGAUCUGAAAAAAAUGGUGUGGGGCCUGGAGAAGGGAUGAAGGGAGCAGGGCUGGGGCCCGGACAGAAGAUCUGACCCCGGGAGAAAACGGCAGACAAAACCCAAGCUGUGUGCGUCGCCACGACGCGGAUCCUGCUUUCCUCUCUGCGGCCUCCUGUUUCCCCCUCACCUGGAGUCAUUCCAGCCUCACUUGCUGGGCCCCACAACUUUCCAGCUCUCUUCCUCCUUUUGACUUAGAAUCUCUCCAUCUCAGAGCCUUUCUAGAAACCCUGGUCAGUGAUGUCCCCUCUUUAGCAGCCGGUGUCGGCCUCAGGGCCCCUCAGCCCUCAUCCCAACAUCUGGUUUGGCCCCUCACGCCCCCCUUCCAUCCGCUCCCCAAGCAGCUCAUGCCCACGCCCCGCCACCGGUCACUCUCCCCGCCCAGCUUUUCUGCGUGCCGUUCUCCCCGGGGUCCCCGGAGGCUGUGUCAUCGCGCUCGACACAGCUAGACUGACCGCACCUGCUUGUGUUUGCGCUUUCCCGUAUACUCGGGGCUUGUGACGCCAAUGGACCGCAGGUGUAUCUGGGCUCGCCCCUUCUACUUCCGUUGUGUUCUUCCAGUUUCCAGCAUGGGUGUCGCCCGUGGUCUUGACCUAAUAAAUAAGUCUGUUGAUUGCUGAAA